AUUAAAUCCAAUGGGGCCGACCUGAACAACGUUCUGAGGAAACUGCGCAAACGAAGUAAAAACAAUGGAUGAUGAAGUAUUAAGAAAUAGCUUAGGAAAUGAUAUGGAGAAGUUACCAGAGACCAGUGGGGAGUAUAAAGAAGAAGUAAAGAAUAAGAAGGCCAAGUCGAAGGUAGGCAGAAACAGAGGAGACGACACCAAGAUUGAGAAAUAGAGAAGAAGUGGAGGUCCAAGAUGGUGCUAAAUAUACGGGAGAAUGGAAGGGCCAGAAGCGGCAUGGAAAAGGGACCCAAGUUUGGAAAGACGGAUCGAGGUAUGAAGGCCAGUGGGAGAAUGAUAAAGCUAAUGGUAAAGGAAUACUUCACCAUGCUGAUGGUGAUGUAUAUUCAGGAGAAUGGAAGAAUGACAAAGCUCAUGGAGAAGGUACUUAUUCUCACUCAAACGGCUCGAAAUACGUAGGCGAGUGGAAGGAUGACAAACAAGAUGGCCAUGGGGUAGAAACCUGGCCUGAUAAUGCAAAAUAUGAUGGCCAAUACAAGAAAGGCAAAUAAACAUGGCAAAGGAUUGCUCAUAUUUGCUGAUGGAUCUCAGUAUAAUGGUGAAUUUGAUGAUAACCAGAUCAAUGGAUAUGGAGUGUAUGAAUGGAUAGAUGGUAAAAGAUAUGAAGGCAACUGGGAAGAUAAUAAAAUGUCAGGUCAAGGAAAACUAAUUUGGAAGGAUAAGAAAUGUUAUGAAGGAAGCUUCGAGCGUGAUAAGAGAAAUGGCUUUGGAAAAUUUGUAUGGGGAGAUGGCAGAAUAUAUGAAGGCCAAUGGAGAGAUGGAAAGCAGCAUGGAGAAGGAAAAUUUAUUUCAAGAGAUGGAAAAACUACUAAAGGAGUUUGGGAAAAUGGUAAAAGAGAAAAGAAGCUUGAUGAUAAAUAG